AUGGUUCACAGCGGGAUGAAGCGUCCCAAUCUGAUGGUGCUGAAUCGACAACUCUUUGCUCGCUCCGAGCGAGUGAAGGGUAUCGACUUCCACCCAACCGAGCCAUGGAUUCUGACGACCCUGUACAGCGGCCACGUCUACAUCUGGUCCUACGAGACACAGCAGAUCGUCAAGACCUUCGAGCUCACCGAUGUCCCCGUCCGCGCCGGCCGCUUUAUUGCGCGGAAGAAUUGGAUUGUCUGCGGGUCGGAUGAUUUCCAAAUCCGAGUCUACAACUACAAUACGAGCGAGAAAAUCACAUCCUUCGAGGCACAUCCCGACUACAUCCGGGCGAUUGUUGUGCACCCCACACAGCCCUUUGUUCUCACCGCUAGCGAUGACAUGACCAUAAAGCUGUGGGAUUGGGAGAAGGGGUGGAAGAACGUCAGAGUGUUCGAGGGCAAUUCACACUAUGUGAUGUCCUUGGCGAUCAACCCCAAGGAUACAAAUACAUUCGCGUCUGCCUGCUUGGACAGGACCGUCAAGAUCUGGAGUCUGGGGUCGUCUACCCCAAACUUCCAGCUGGAGGCGCAUGAGACCAAGGGCGUCAACCAUGUGGAUUAUUAUCCUCACAAUGACAAGCCCUACCUACUUACCACAUCAGACGACCGCACGGUAAAAGUGUGGGACUACACAACGAAGAGCUUAAUCGCAACCUUGGAAGGCCAUACCAACAAUGUUUCGUUUGCGUGCUAUCACCCGGAACUCCCUAUUAUCAUUUCCGGCUCAGAGGAUGGUACCGUGAGGAUAUGGAACGCCAACACCUACCGCUUUGAGCAGUCGUUGAACUAUGGGCUAGAAAGAGCAUGGUGCGUGGCGUACCAGAAGGGCAAGCAGGGCAUCGCGGUUGGCUUCGAUGAUGGGUCGGUCGUCAUCAAGCUGGGUCGCGAGGAACCGGCCGUGUCGAUGGACGGAUCCGGAAAGAUCAUCUGGGCUCGACACAACGAGGUCGUCUCUGCGGUGAUCAAGGGCGGUGAGCCGACAAAAGACAACGAGCCGAUCACCUUGACCACGAAGGAGCUGGGAACCGCCGAAGUCUACCCACAGACACUCAUCCACUCCCCCAACGGGCGUUUCGCGGCCAUUUGCGGCGAUGGCGAGUACAUCAUUUACACGGCAUUGGCGUGGCGGAACAAGGCCUUCGGUCAGGCUCUCGAUUUCGUCUGGGCGUCCAAGGACAACUCGAACGACUUUGCUAUUCGCGAGUCCGCAACCAGCAUCAAGGUUUUCAAGAACUUCCAGGAGAAGAAGGGUGCUCUCGACGUUCCGUUUGCGGCGGAUGGGCUUACCGGAGGUGUGCUUCUCGGCGUCAAGGGCCAAGGGGGUGUUUCUUUCUACGACUGGCAAACAGGCGGGCUUGUCCGGCGUAUCGAGGUCGAACCCAAACAGGUGUACUGGAGCGAGAGUGGCGAGCUCGUGGCCAUCGCUUGUGAGGACACAUUCUAUGUGCUGAGAUUUUCGCGGGAUGCGUACAACCAAGCGGUUCAAUCCGGCCAGGUCGAAGACGACGGUGUUGAGGCCGCCUUUGAAGUCGUCACUGAUAUCAACGAGAGCAUCCGGUCCGCGGAAUGGCUUGGAGACGUGCUGAUCUACUCCAAUGGGACCAACCGGCUGAACUACCUGGUGGGCGACCAGACAUACACUGUGGCGCAUUUUGACAAGCCCAUGUACAUCCUCGGCUAUCUCCAGCGUGACAGCCGCGUCUAUCUCACAGACAAGGACCUUUCGGUUACUUCAUUUGCUCUGUCCCUCCCAGUCCUGGAAUACCAGACGCUCGUGCUUCGGGGGGACAUGGAAACAGCCGCCGAGCUGCUGCCUAGCAUUCCGCAGGACCAGCUCAACAAGAUUGCCAGGUUCCUCGAGGGCCAGGGCCACAAGGAACUCGCACUCGAAGUCGCCACGGACCCGGAGCACAAGUUUGACCUCGCUCUCUCGCUCAACCAGCUCGACACCGCCUUGGAACUGGCGCGUCAGGCCGACUCGGACCACAAAUGGAAGACGCUCGGCGACGCGGGCCUCGCCGCCUGGGACGUGCCCCUCGCCACCGAGUGCUUUGUCAACUCCAAGGACCUUGGUUCUCUGCUGCUGGUGUACAGCUCCACGUCUGACCGCGAGGGUCUGGCCAAGCUGGCCGAGCAGGCGGUCGAGGCGGGCGCACACAAUGUUGCCUUCAGCUGCAAGUGGUCGCUGGGCGACGUCCCGGGCUGCAUUGAUAUCCUGGUCAAGACGGGCCGACUUGCCGAGGCGGUGCUGUUCUCGCAGACGUACAUGCCGAGUUUGACGGCUGGGUUGGUGACGCAGUGGAAGGAGAGUCUGGAGAAGAGUAAGAAGGGGCGUGUGGCUAAGUCGCUGGGUAUGCCCGGUGAGGAUGAGGAGUUGUUUCCGGAGUGGGAGGAGUGGUUGAGGUUGGAGAAGGAGGGGCCGGCUACGGUUGCGGGUGGUGGUGGUGGAAACGAUGGGGAGGUGGGAGAGGUUGAGGCUGAGGCUGAGGAUGGGGGUGCUGAGGCGGAUGAGGAGUAG